AUUUUUGACAAGGAAGACUUCCUUGUAACUCCUGGCGUAUUUCAGCUGAGUAGACGGUGUUCUUCGUAAAUGGUUUGGUCCCAGCACUUACGAACGACCACCAUGGAAUCGAACUCGAUUCUAUCAAUUAUGAUAUUUGUUACAGUGGUAAUAUCGGAAGCAUUCGGCUCCGACCCCUGUACGGACUACCAGGAGUUAAACCAGGCCAGACGGAGUUCAGCAGCCGAGGUGGCGGCCGGACACUCUCUCCUGUGUGACAACACGUUAUCAGCAGGCUGGUACCGGUUUAUCAGUUAUGUCGGCGGGGAGAUCCCUACAACCUGUGUGGAGCCGUACCACUGUGGAACCCAGGUUCCUAUAUGGAUGGACGGAACCCUACCGACAGACAGUACUGUAGUCAACAGAACGGUUUGUACUAACUACGGUGUACCGGGGGACUGUUGUACUUCCUCAUGGAACAUACAGGUCAAACGGUGUGUGGAGACACAAGGGGUUUUCUACGUCUACGACUUGGUACCGACGUUUGGCUGCUCACAGGCCUACUGUGCAGGAACACUUCCUUUAUGCCCAGAGGGAGAAGUGUAUGACCAGUACAACAACAUUUGUCUGGAAACCAGGCAUCCAGUGCCCUGUGACUUUGAGUCUAUAGGAACAUGUGAGUGGCACCAACAGACGACUGACGACUUUGACUGGGCAAAGCAAACAGCCGGAAAUGGAAACCAUCUGCCAACAGAUGGAGGACGUUUCCUGUACGUUGGUACUGAAGGCGGUCAGCAGCCCUUAGACACAGCCAGAAUCAUCGGUCCGGUUAUUGUCCCGUCUGUGGUUCAACCGUGUAAUAUGACCUUUAGUUACUACUUCUCGGGACCAGACGCCGGGGAUCUGGAUGUUCUAACCCGGCAGUAUUACACAGGCGUACAGAAACCGGAAUGGCAGCAGUCAGCGGGGACAGCAGAAGAUUGGACACAGGUUACUGUCUCAUUUCAGGAACAAGACCCAUUUCAAGUGAUUAUCCAAGGCGUGCUGGGCUACGGGAGACAUGCAAAAAUUGCUAUUGACGAUAUUUCCUUCUCUUGGGACUGCGUACGAGAAGUUGACGGGAGUGUCCGGUUAGUGGACGGUGCCCGGUUCGAUGAAGGGCGGGUGGAGAUCUACUACAACCACCGCUGGGGAACCAUCUGUAACAUCGGCUGGACCCGGACUAGCGCUGAUGUGGUGUGUGCUCAACUGGGGUACAGGGCGUCUGUGUGGACAGAUGCUAGGUAUCCUGCACCGGACUCAACACCCAUUCUCCUAGAUGACGUCACCUGUGACUCCAGGAACAAGUCUAGAAUCACAGAAUGUCUGACGAAGCCGUGGGAAAACUGGAGUCCUCUUUGUAACCAUGGCAGAGAUGUGUCUGUCAGAUGUGUGGGUCAGUGGCACCAGUGUACACCGGACCAGUUUGUAUGUGACAACGCAGUCUGUCUUCCUCCUACCGCUCAGUGUGACUUCACAAACGACUGUGGGGAUGGAAGUGACGAGGGGGACUGUGGGAGAUACCCCGGACGAUGUGACUUUCAGAACAAUUUGUGUAACUGGGUCCAGUUGAAAAGCGACACUGCCGACUGGACCCGGGGGUUCGGUGGGUCUGAAGCAGGGGUGCCAUUGGUGGAUCAUCAGGGUCUAACAGAUGGAUAUUUCCUGUACCUUACUGGCGCAAAGGAAACAACAGCCUUCUUGCUGCUUCCCACGUACUUCAUUUCCAGUGGUAACAACUGUUCCCUGCUGUUCCACUACUACCUGGACAUUGAUGACGCAAACCUUUCCGUUCGGAUUGCAUCAAGAACAAACGCGAGGAUAGAAUGGCAGCAAAGCGUUUCACAAGGACCGAACUGGGUCAAACAGGAGGUGACGAUCCCGGACAGAACACCGUUCCAGGUCUCUUUCCAAGGGUUAAUUGGGACGCCUUCGGCGGGGUCCAUAGCCAUAGAUGAUAUAACAUUGACGCCAGGCUGUAUCAUCGAAUACGACGGCUGCACAGAAACAUCGUUUACUUUUAAAUGCGGCAGCGGUGAAUGCAUCUCCCUGGACUAUGUGUGUGAUUUUCAAGUGAACUGUGUAGAUGGGAGUGACGAAAGGCUUUGUGAUAAAGAACCAGGGCGAUGUGAUUUUGAAGAAGGCUUCUGUUCCUGGUCAUCUGGUCCAAGUGACAUCGAAUUCCAACGGGGGAGAGAAUCAACAAGUACUAGCGGUACUGGGCCACCGGUGGACCACACUCACCAAAACCCAUUAGGUUUCUACAUAUUCAUCGACUCUUCAGACAAUACUGAAGGGCAAAAGGCCCAACUUGUUAGCCCCGUAAUCACGGACGGCUCACCCUGCCAGUUCCGAUUCUUCUACCACAUGCAAGGCCGUAACAUCGGCAGCCUGCGAGUUCUGGUGAGGAACGUGGAGGAUGAAUCAACACAAGAAGUGUGGCGACGGGAGGGACAACAGGGGAGGGGAUGGCUGUUUGCUUCAGUCAACAUCGGUACUAACAACAGGAAAUACCAGGUUGUUCUAGAGGCCAUUGUGGGAAAUGGAGACCAGGGAGACAUAGCUGUUGACGAUGUGUCUUUCGCAACCUACUGUCCUCUUCACGCAGAAGGUAAACAAGACGGGUUGUCGUCCACAUCAGUCAUAAUCAUUGCCGUCUCCAUCGUGGCGGUGGUGAUUACAGGAAUCGUCGUGACCGUCAUUACCGUCUAUUGCAGGCGUAAAAGGAUAAAGAAAGAAAGAUACGGCAAUAAUACCCAGAACAACAGUCACCAACUCGGACGUUUGCCAGCUCGACCACAACUCGAAGAUAGUAACGUCCGAACCUACGAAGACCUAAGAAGGAGCACUGCAAACAAUUAUGAGUCCUUACACGGUGCAGGAGGGCGGCCGGUAGAGUGGUCUGUCACACCACGGGAACUUAAGGGGCAGGUUGAACCUGACGGAGCAUACGCCAUUCCUGCCUACGCGUCGUCCAAAGACCUGUUCACAAUGGACAGCAGCAGUCAGGCCUCACUGGUCAACAACAUCGUAGACAUGGCAGCAACUGGGAAGUCCGACAUGGCCUGUGAGAACAACUACACCUUGCUCGUUGAUGACCGACUUCAAAACUUCCUGAAGAUAAACGGCUUCGUUGACUGCAUCAACAUCAUGGCAGAAAAUCAGUUUACUUAUGAAACCCUCCAGUCCUGUACAGAGGUAGACCUCAUCAACAUCGGCAUACCCUUAGCUAAGGCACAUGCUAUUCUGUCAGCUCUCCGGAGCGAGGGGGAUUACGAGAAUACAAGGUCAAAUGAACUUGUUCCCAGUAAGUAUAUCUGCCCUAUCAGCAACAGUGUAAUGAGAGAACCAGUACGUUCUAAUGACGGCUGUAUCUAUGACAGGGCAGCUAUAACAGCUUGGUAUGACAGAAAUGGCUCUACACCAAACAUGAAGGUUAGCACACUUGACCUUCAGACAGUAGACGACCUUCGACAGGAAAUUGACCAGUUUCGGAAAAGGAGACAGAAAAGGGUGAAUGGCAGGCAGACUGGUCAUGACGCUAGACCGGACUCCGCCCAGUCUGACUCAUCCAGGUGUGCCACACCCAUGACAGACGUGGACUGCUAAAACAAACAUGUAUACAGAGCUUCCGUAAAUAAUGUUAUCAGGUUGGAAAACGAAUUAAUGGUAGAGUUCUUUGAUCACAACCAUUUAUUUUUCACGAGCUGACAGACUAGUUAACAGUGAAUACCCAAGUAACAGUGCACUGUGAACUAUGUAACACCUUUAGUGCACUAUGCACCAAGUAACAUCUUGCGUCAGUGCACAAACCAGUCAGAAUUGCCCUGAUGAAGAUGACAGACGGUCAUCGAAACGUCGGCUCGUGAAAAAUAAAUGGUUGUGAUCAAAGAACUUUGCUAUUCAUAUACAGACCUUAUAACUAACUUUAAGAAGAUUCGUGCUUCUGAUAAAACCAACGUCAAAAGACAGCACAAUAUCAGAAAGUUAUCCUUCUCAAUGAUUAUUCAAAUUUUAAAAAAUUGUUAAUAAGGACAGAAUUCAACCACAUUCACAAACAAACCACUUACACUGACACAUGGUUGCCUACUGGGAUCUAUUGUCUAAACAAACGAUACGGAAAUGAAUAAAAAAAACGUAUAAAAAGCUUAAACAUGCGUACGAAAGAAAGCUAUCCCUAAAUCUUCAUUAAGAGUUAUUGACCACCACAUCAAAUUAAUGUAGGCAGAUACAACCAGACCCCUUUUGAACUACAGACUCUGUAUACUUAAUACAAGUAAAUAAAUCUAAAUCUAAAAAAUGAAUAGUAAAAAACAAAUCUAAGAAUGAAUGUGGAUGACAUACGUACUUUUUAUGAAAUUGAAUGUGAAUAAGGAAUUUCUACACAGUUAAACACGAAACAUUUAUACAAAUUAUAAUGGACAAAAGUUAACAAAAAUAAAUGUUAAUUGGUAUACACUCGUUUAACAAAGA